UUUGGCCCAGCUAUGUUGAGCUUUUCAUGGAUUAUCUUACGUAGAUAAGACACUGCAGCAGACCUCACAACGGGAUAAAGUGAAGUAACUUCGGCUUGUGAAUGUGCAUUGCAGAGAAGUGGGAGAAGAAAGUAAUUAUAAGCAACACCCUAGAUCCUAGGGGUGCUUGUCUUUGAGAAGAGAGCUCUAAGCCUUUUGUAGAGGCAUUAGGAAGGUGUCGGAGCCACGGUGAAAUGGCAGGGGAGAUUCAGUUUAGGGGCUUUCCCGGUCUGCAUUCUGCUAGAGUCGUUCGUUACAUGUCGCUAGGUGGAUUGCAUGAUUCUGGUAUGGCCUCAUGCGGACCUGCAAAGGAUGGAAAGAACAAGGUCUCUGCUUCCCAGAAAAAUGUACAACCCAAGGAGAAAUUUGGUCCAUGGCUAAUGAAACACAGAAAGUUGGUACCAUCCAUUUUCCUUUUCCCUUCACGCCCUAUUCCAUCCAGGAAGACUUCAUGGCAGAGCUUUACCGGGUUUUGGAGGCUGGCAAGAUUGGGAUAUUUGAGAGUCCAACUGGCACUGGAAAGUCCUUAAGUCUUAUUUGUGGAGCCCUCUCCUGGCUCCGUGACUUUGAACAGAAGAAGCGUGAGGAAGAGGCACGACUCCUUGAAACUGGAACUGGCCCCUUACAUGAUGAGAAAGAUGAAUCCCUGUGUCUGUCGUCUUCCUGCGAAGGGGCCGCAGCCACCGCGAGGCCUGCUGGAGAGCCGGCCUGGGUGACUCAGUUUGUGCAGAAGAAAGAAGAGAGGGACCUGGUGGAUCGACUAAAGGCGGAGCAGGCCAGGAGGAAGCAGCGAGAAGAACGCCUGCAGCAGCUGCAGCACAGGGCGCAGUUCAAAUAUGCAGCCAAGCGCCUGAGGCAGGAAGAAGAAGAAACGGAGAAUCUCCUCCGCCUCAGCAGAGAGAUGCUAGAGACAGGCCCAGGGGCUGAGCGGCCGGAGCAGCUGGAGUCUAUGGAGGAGGAGCUGGUCCUUGCCGAAUACGAGAGCGACGAGGAGAAAAAGGCAGCGAGCGGAGUGGAUGAGGAUGAGGAUGACCUGGAGGAAGAACAUGUAACUAAGAUUUAUUACUGUAGUCGGACACACUCCCAGCUGGCCCAGUUUGUGCAUGAGGUGAAGAAGAGCCCCUUUGGCAAGGAUGUUCGGCUGGUCUCCCUUGGCUCCCGGCAGAACCUUUGUGUCAACGAAGAUGUGAAAAGCCUAGGUUCUGUGCAGCUUAUCAACGAUCGCUGUGUGGACAUGCAGAGAAGCAGGCACGAGAAGAAGAAAGGAGCUGAGGAGGAGAAGCCAAAGAGAAGGAGGCAGGAGAAGCAGGCGGCCUGCCCCUUCUACAACCACGAGCAGAUGGGCCUCCUCCGGGAUGAGGCCCUGGCAGAGGUGAAGGACAUUGAGCAGCUGCUGGCCCUUGGGAAGGAGGCCCGGGCCUGUCCCUAUUACGGGAGCCGCCUUGCCAUCCCUGCAGCCCAGCUGGUGGUGCUGCCCUAUCAGAUGCUGCUGCAUGCUGCCACUCGGCAGGCUGCGGGCAUCCGGCUGCAGGAACAGGUGGUGAUCAUCGACGAAGCGCACAACCUGAUAGACACCAUCACGGGCAUGCACAGCGUGGAGGUCAGCGGCUCCCAGCUUUGCCAGGCCCAUUCCCAGCUGCUGCAGUACAUGGAGCGAUACGGGAAGCGUUUGAAGGCCAAGAACCUGAUGUACCUGAAGCAGAUCCUGUAUUUGCUGGAGAAAUUCGUGGCCGUGCUGGGGGGGAACAUUAAGCAAAAUCCCAAUACACAGAGCCUCUCACAGACAGGGACAGAGCUGAAGACCAUCAACGAUUUUCUCUUCCAGAGCCAGAUUGACAACAUCAACCUGUUCAAGGUGCAGCGAUACUGUGAGAAGAGCAUGAUCAGCAGAAAGCUCUUUGGAUUCACAGAACGGUAUGGAGCAGUGCUCUCAUCCCGGGAGCAGCCCAAACUGGCUGGGUUUCAGCAAUUCCUGCAGAGCCUGCAGCCCAGGACGACUGAAGCUCCUGCAGCCCCCACAGACGAGAGUCAGGCUAGCGCCCCGCGACCAGCUUCCCCACUGAUGCACAUCGAAGGCUUCCUGGCAGCUCUCACUACAGCCAACCAGGACGGCAGGGUCAUCCUGAGCCGCCAAGGCAGCCUCAGUCAGAGCACCCUUAAGUUUUUGCUCCUGAAUCCAGCUGUGCACUUUGCCCAAGUGGUGAAGGAGUGCCGGGCAGUGGUCAUUGCAGGGGGGACCAUGCAGCCGGUGUCUGACUUCCGGCAGCAGCUGCUGGCCUGUGCCGGGGUGGAAGCUGAACGCGUGGUGGAGUUUUCCUGUGGUCACGUGAUCCCUCCAGACAAUAUCCUGCCCCUUGUCAUCUGCAGCGGGAUCUCCAACCAGCCACUGGAAUUCACGUUCCAGAAAAGAGAGCUGCCUCAGAUGAUGGACGAGGCGGGUCGCAUCCUCUGUAACCUGUGCAGUGUGGUUCCUGGAGGGGUGGUCUGUUUCUUCCCCUCCUACGAGUACCUGCGCCAGGUCCAUGCCCACUGGGAGAAGGGUGGCCUGCUGGGCCGCCUGGCUGCCAGGAAGAAGAUAUUCCAGGAACCUAAGAGCGCGCACCAGGUGGAGCAGGUGCUGCUGGCGUAUUCCAGGUGCAUUCAGGCCUGUGGCCAGGAGAGAGGCCGGGUGACGGGGGCCCUUCUCCUCUCUGUUGUUGGAGGAAAGAUGAGUGAAGGGAUCAACUUCUCUGACAACCUAGGCCGGUGUGUGGUGAUGGUGGGCAUGCCCUUCCCCAACAUCAGGUCUCCAGAGCUGCAGGAGAAGAUGGCCUACUUGGAUCAAACCCUCCCCAGAGCCCCAGGCCAGGCGCCCCCAGGGAAGAAUCUGGUGGAGAACCUGUGCAUGAAGGCCGUCAACCAGUCCAUAGGCAGGGCCAUCAGGCACCAGAAGGAUUUUGCCAGCAUAGUGCUCCUGGACCAGCGAUACGCCCGGCCCCCUGUCCUGGCCAAGCUGCCAGCCUGGAUCCGAGCCCGUGUGGAGGUUAAAGCUACCUUUGGCCCUGCCAUUGCUGCUGUGCAGAAGUUUCACCGGGAGAAGUCGGCCUCUUCCUGAUGGGCAGCCACACCACCGCCUGGCGCCGCGCCCUUCCUUUGCCCUGCCUGCUGGAGACAGUAUUUGUCGUGGGCCUGGUCUACAGGGAUCCUGUUACAAGGGUGAAACCCGGGAGGAGAGUGUGGAGUCCAGAGCGCUGCCAGCGCCCAGGCACGGGCAUUAGCCCUGUAGGAGAAAAUGGGGGAAUCCUGAAGAAACAGUGGGUCCUGGCUGGCCUUGGGGCAUUCCAGGGCAGCUCCCCUCCUGGCACAGAAUCUUCCUUUCCAUCCUGCAUGGCUGAGAGCCAGGCUUCCUGCCUAGUCUCCACAGGAGGCUGUGGCGACUGUGGCAUCCACUGUGGCAUCUCCAUCCUGCCCACCUUCUUAAGAGUUGAGAUAGAGCAGGCCUGUUUGCCUCUGCCGUUUCUAGCCAAGGUUAACUGCCCUGGACUGCUCAUCCUCUGGUCUCAAUUUAAAAUGAUCCCAUGGCCGCAGGGCUCCUGCCCAGGGCUUGUCACCUUCCCCUCCUUCU